GACCAACAUGGCAAAACUUCGUCUCUAUUAUCCAAAAAAUUAGCUGGGCGUGAUGGCGCAUGUCUGUUAAUCCCAGCUACUUGGGAGGCUGAGGCUGGAGAAUCGCUUGAAUCCGGGGCGGGGGGGGGGGGGGGGCAGAGGUUGCGGUGAACAGGUAUUGCGUCAUUGCACUCCAGCCUGGACAACAAGAGCGAAACUCCGUCUCAAAAAAAUAAAAAUAAAAAGAAUAGUCACUUGUGCUUUCAAUCUCUCCGCUUCCGGCCUCCACCAGGCGGGAAAAAACUCCUGCACUUGGACCUCUGCGAUUCCCUAGCAUGUGCGUCACUCUGGGCAACAGGCUGGUAGGCCACGACUGCGCAGGCGCGACGUACCGAGCGGCAGGAGACUGUCGCCCCCGGUUUCCCUGGAUACCAGGCGGAAGCGGCCGGAAGUAGCGCUGCGGUUGGCAGCGGCGGGAUGCAGAAGCUGGGGGUGGAGCCGGAGGAGGAAGGCGGCGGCGACGACGAGGGUGACACCGAGGCCUGGGCCAUGGAACUGGCGGACGUGGGGGCGGCAGCCAGCUCGCAGGGUGCGCCGCAGCCAGAGGAGCCAGCGGCCUCCUUGGGUGUAAAUAAGAAGGGUGGGGCUGGCGGACACUCCAGGCGGCGGCCACUGGGGCGCGACAGUCCCCGCCCCGCUCUGCCCUUCUAAAAGAGGGCUGCCUCCUCCUGCCUCGUGUUACGCGGCGGGUACCUCCAGAGGAAUGGCUUCACCCAGUAGGCGUAGGGUGGGGCGUGUCCACACUACAAAUGCGUGUCGAGGGUGCAUCUGCAUCGUCCUCUGUGAGGGACCAGGUGGGGCGGGAAUCCCUCAGCCAGCCAGACGACAACUGCAGAGGCUUCUGGGCCUUUUAAGUUUGGAGAAGUUGAGGACCUUGUCGCUCAUUUGGCAGAAGGAGUUCGUGAUCAAGUGUUGCCCACACGAAAUUCUUCAUCCAGAGUCAUAGUACAUGUGGAUCUGGAUUGCUUUUAUGCACAAGUAGAAAUGAUCUCAAAUCCAGAGCUAAAAGACAAACCUUUAGGGGUUCAACAGAAAUAUUUGGUGGUUACUUGCAACUAUGAAGCUAGGAAACUUGGAGUUAAGAAACUUAUGAAUGUCAGAGAUGCAAAAGAAAAGUGUCCACAGCUGGUAUUAGUUAAUGGAGAAGACCUGACCCGCUACAGAGAAAUGUCUUAUAAGGUUACAGAAUUACUGGAAGAAUUUAGUCCAGUUGUUGAGAGACUUGGAUUUGAUGAAAAUUUUGUGGAUCUAACAGAAAUGGUUGAGAAGAGACUACAGCAGCUGCAAAGUGACAAACUUUCUGCGGUGACUGUGUCGGGUCAUGUGUACAAUAAUCAGUCUAUAAACCUGCAUGACAUCUUGCACAUCAGACUACUUAUUGGAUCUCAGAUUGCAGCAGAGAUGCGGGAAGCCAUGUAUAAUCACUUGGGGCUCACUGGCUGUGCUGGAGUGGCUUCUAAUAAACUGUUGGCAAAAUUAGUUUCUGGUGUCUUUAAACCAAAUCAACAAACAGUCUUAUUACCGGAAAGUUGUCAACAUCUUAUUCAUAGUUUGAAUCACAUAAAGGAAAUACCUGGUAUUGGCUAUAAAACUGCCAAAUGUCUUGAAGCACUGGGUAUCAAUAGUGUGCAUGAUCUCCAAACCUUUUCAUCCAAAAUUUUAGAAAAAGAAUUAGGAAUUUCACUUGCUCAGCGUAUCCAGAAGCUCAGUUUUGGAGAGGAUAACUCCCCUGUGAUACCCUCAGGACCACCUCAGUCGUUUAGUGAAGAAGAUUCAUUUAAAAAAUGUUCAUCCGAAGUUGAAGCUAAAAAUAAGAUUGAAGAACUACUUGCUAGUCUUUUAAACAGAGUAUGCCAAGAUGGAAGGAAGCCUCAUACAGUAAGAUUAAUAAUCCGUCGGUAUUCCUCUGAGAAGCACUAUGGUCGUGAGAGUCGUCAGUGCCCUAUUCCAUCACAUGUAAUUCAGAAGUUAGGGACAGGAAAUUAUGAUGUGAUGACCCCAAUGGUUGAUACACUAAUGAAACUUUUUCGAAAUAUGGUGAAUGUGAAGAUGCCAUUUCACCUUACCCUUCUAAGUGUGUGCUUCUGCAACCUUAAAGCAGUAAAUACUGCUAAGAGAGGGCUUAUUGAUUAUUAUUUAACGCCAUCAUUAUCAACAACUUCAUGCUCUGGCAAGCACAGUUUUAAAAUGAAAGACACUCAUAUGGAAGAUUUUCCCAAAGACAAAGAAACAAACUGGGAUUUCCUACCAAGUGGAAGAAUUGAAAGUACAAGAACUAGGGAGUCUCCACUAGAUACCACAAAUUUUUCUAAAGGAAAAGAUAUUAAUGAAUUCCCACUCUGUUCACUUCCUGAAGGUGUUGAUCAAGAAGUCUUUAAGCAGCUUCCAACAGAUAUUCAAGAAGAAAUCCUUUCUGGAAAAUCUAGGGAAAAAUUUCAAGGGAAAGGAAGUGUGAGUUGUCCAUUACAUGCCUCUAGAGGAGUAUUAUCUUUCUUUUCUAAAAAACAAAUGCAAGAUAUUCCCAUAAAUCCUAGAGAUCAUUUAUCCAGUCUCAAACAGGUAUCCUCUGUAUCUCCUUGUGAACCGGGAACAUCAGGCUUAAAUAGCGGUAGUUCCUCUUAUAUGUCUAGCCAAAAGGAUUAUUCAUAUUAUUUAGAUAAUAGAUUAAAAGAUGAACGAAUGAGUCAAGGACCUAAAGAACCUCAAGGAUUCUACUUUACAAAUUCAAACCCUGCUGUGUCUGCUUUUCAUUCAUUUCCAAAUUUGCAGAGUGAGCAACUUUUCUCCAAAAACCACACUACACAUAGCCAUAAGCAAACAGUAGCAACAGACUCUCAUGAAGGACUUACAGAAAAUAGAGAGCCAGAUUCUGUUGAUGAGAAAAUUACUUUCCCUUCUGACGUUGAUCCUCAAGUUUUCUAUGAACUACCAGAAGUAGUACAAAAGGAACUGCUGGCAGAGUGGAAGAGAACAGGAUCAGAUUUCCACAUUGGACAUAAAUAAGCAUAUUCAGCAAAAAAGUCUGAAAAUCUAGGGAAUACCAUUAUUUUCAGAUUAGCGGUUUAUUAAGCUCUUCUGUAUUAAACACUAAUAGAUAUUCAAUAAUGGAGUAAACUGUUCGAGAUAAAGCAAGAAUAGUUGCAGGAAGUAAAUUCUGGCACAAAGCAUAAAAAUAUAACAGAAGAAAUAAUGUAAAAUACUAUCUUUUAUGUCUAAAGCCAUUUUAUAUUGCUUUUCAAUAAAAAGAAUAUCAUGAUCAACAUAGAAUAUUUUUCAUGAAUUGGUGAGGAGAUGUAUAUGCUUGGAUAUAAAAAAUAGCCAAAUCGUUGCAAUGCUAUGGUAAAGGACACAUUUUUUUUUUUUUCCUGUGAUAUGUAGAAUAUCUCAAAUUCAGCCUGUUAGGAUAUAACCAAAUAGCAAAUCCUACUGCCAACUAACCUAUUAAAAAUAUAGACAGUUUUGACUAAAGUACAUUACAUUUAGUAUGUUGACUUUUAAAAUACCAAAGCAAUUUAUAUUCAAUUAAUGCUUCUUCAUACACCAAUAAACUACCACAAUACACAGCACACAAGGGCCUGGCCCUGGCUAGGGCCAGGGUGGGGAGUUGAAGUGAGAGAACAGUAUAUGUUGUAGAGAACAGUGGUAGAAGGAACUCUCUGUGCAAAUAAAUUAAGGGAAAGAUGGACACCAGAAAUGCAAGGUGAUGGGCCUAUAAGCAUACUGGAUAAUGGAAGAAGUCCAUUUCUUUCCAGCUAGUUUGAAGGGCUUAAAAGCACUGAGUUACAUGUUUUUGUAUCUUGCCUACAUUUGGAGAUGAUAUUAGGUUGUCAUAACAACCACAAAUAUAGACCAUUACUAAAUUGGUAGAUGUCUUCUUUCUCUCAUUGUUACUGUCUUCUUCUUUUGCCUGCUAAACUAAAAAUUGGAUAUAAGAUUGAGAACGUGUUAUAUAAUUUGCAAGACAUAGAGGAUGUUUAUAGAAUAUACUAGUGUAUCCCCCAGCACCAAUAUGGGAGUAUUGUGGUCUCAAGUUUAUAAUUUUUGCACAUAUAAUCUAAAGAAGAGACUUUAAAAAUAAAGUACACAAAUAUGAACCAAAGAGUAGCUUAAAAAUACUUUUUUCUAGAUCUGAAGUUUUCUUUCCUUUUUUUUUUUUUUUCUGGAGGCAGAGUCUCACUCUGUCGCCCAGGGUGGAGUACAGUGGCGCGAUCCCAGCUCACUGCAACCUCCAUCUCCCAGGUUCAAGCAAUUCUCCUGCCUCAGCAGGGAUUACAGGCAGGCCCUACCACACCCAGCACAUUUUUGUAUUUUUAUUUUGUAUUUUUAGUAGAGACCACAUUUCACCAUAUUGGCCAGGAUGCUCUUGAACUCCUUAUCUCAGGUGAUCCCCACCUUGGCCUCCCAAAAUGCUGGGAUUACAGGUGUGAGCCAUUGCGCCCGGCCCUAGGUCUGAAAUUUUAACUUAGUUUUGGAUUCCUUGGAAUUUGAAAAUAUGCUAACACGGAGGAUUUUAAAUAGGUAGUUUGAGGUUAUCAAGAAAAGUAACUUGGAGCAAGAACAUCAGAAAUUGUUCACCAUGCAAAUAUUUAGUACUCUGAAUCAAGGAACAUAGUGUUUAUUACAUGAAGUAUUCCAGUAAGGUAAUUAAACUUAUGGAAGGGUUAUAUAACUGUUGUAAAUAAUUCAUUAAAACAUUUUAUAAUCCUUGUAAUGAUUUCAGGAACUUCCUAGAAGGGUCUUAAGAAAAAAUGGCUAAGAAAAGAAAGUGAAUGGUUUUGGCCAGCUUAAAAAGAGAAGGUAAAAUUGUUAAAAAUACAUUUCAUAGAUUGAGAAUGUAGGGGCUGUGUCACAGUUAUGCUACUUAUUUUGUGGUUUUAAGUUAGUCUCAACAUCUUUGGGUCUCAGAAUCAACUUUUUAAGGGAUCUUUUUUCUCUGUUUUUAAGAUUAUCUCUUUUUUUUGAUGUUUUGCAAGUUUACUGUAUUAUUUGGAAGUGCGCGUUUCUUUUUAUUCUUAGCAUAUACUGGCUUCUUCCUGUAUUUUUAAAUUCAUGUUCUGUAAAAUUCUCAAUCACUAGCUCUUCAAAUAUUUCUUCCCUGUUCUAGGACUGUAUACAAAUGAUAGACUUCCUUACUGUAUCCUUCAUGUCUUUUAAUUUCUCAAAUUUUUCAUCCUCUUGUUUCAUUUUACUGCAUUUUGGGUAAUUUCAUCAGCUGUAUCUUUCUGUUUACUAGUUCAUUUUUCAGUAGCAUCUCACCUGCUGUUGAAAACAAUGAUGGUUUUAAUUUCAAUAAAUAUAUUUUUCAUUUAAUUCUUUUUAACUUCCUAUUUACUGAUUACAGUCCCUUGUAAGUCUAGUUCUAAUUUUUAAAAGUCAAAUAUUUGAUAUUUUUGAUAAUUUCAAUAUUUUAAGUCUUUAUAAGUUUACAUUUAAGGUUAUUAUUUAUUGCAUAUAUUGUGACUUAUUUCCUUGAGUAUGUGUUAAUCUGUGAGAAGACAGAGGACCUAAGUUGUGUGUUUUCCUUCAGUAUGAUUUGGGUUCAUUGCUUCUCUGGGUGAGGUGGUACAAACUCCUUGGCAUACUCUAUUCACCUUUGAGGAUCCUGAUUGAAUGCCAAUGCCUUGUCUUAAGUUUAAGCUCCCUAACCCUUACUACUAGCUGAAGGUUUUGUCUCUGCAGGUCAAUUGCAAACUAACAGGCAGAAGCUAUCUGCCUUCAGGGAUAAACCCCAUCUUUCAAGCUGUCUUCUUGCUUGAUGCUUCCUGCUGCUUUCUUGCUUUUGUUUCAGCUCAAGUUUUUUUUUUUUUUGUAUCUGUCUUGAGUGUAAAGGGUAUUUUUUUUUUUUUUUUUUCUGUUUCUGUCUUGAGUGUAUAGUGUAGAGGGGGUUCCUGUCUUGAGUGUAGGCCUGGAGAUUUUCCUUAUAUGGUACAAACCAGCAAUGAAUUAAGAGGUCUGUUUUCUCCAAGAUCUAGUGUUUUGUACUGGGAGAACACUUUUAAAAAGUAUCUAUUCCACUGUAGUGCCAAAGUACAAAUUUAUUUGGAUUUAUUUUUUGCCAUCUUAUUUUUUGCCAUAUUUCUUUUUCUAUGUUAUGCUUCUUUCCCACCUUUAUCUCUCUUCCUGUGUUUUGGUAUCAGCUGGGUUUUCUAUUUAAUCAUAUAUUUUUCCCUUUACUGAUUUGGAAUGUGAAUGUUACAAGUACUUUUGAUUAUCCUUAAACAUCUAAAAAUGCUACCGUCUUUCCAAACAACACAAAGGUAUUGAAAAAACGUUAAUUCUAAUUAAAUUCCACAAGUUCUUUAUUGAAUCUCCAAAUUGGAUAUUAUUAGUAUUUUAUAUAGUCAAUGUUUGUUUAGAUUUGCGCAAACGUUUAUCUUUUUUGAUGGGACAUGGUGGGAGCUUACCUUUUUUCUUGUGUGUCAGAUGUUCCUUCUAGGUAAAAUUCUUUAUACUUUCUGAAAUUAUGUCCUUAGAGCUUUAGAUUUAGAACUGACAUCUCUUGAGCUGUUCUAAGAUAAUAUCUUUUCCUUUGGAGAUGUGCAGUUUUUAUUAUAUGUCUAGCUGUAGAUUUAUCAUGCAUUUAGGUUUAUUCUGAAUCUGCAGAUUUGUGUCUUCCAUCAAAUCUGGAUUGUUUUCAAUAUUAAAAAUCUUCUAUUUUAAAAUCUGUAUAUAGAAAUGUACGUAAACAUAAAUGGACAUGUUAAUGAGUAAUAGUAACAACUGUCUAACUAUACAAGUCAAGAAAUAAAACAUAUCAAGUAA